AUGGCAAAUAAAGAGACAGGAAUUGAAAACAAUGAAAAGCAGGCAAAACUGCUAACAGUUCCAGAUACUUCACUUCCGGCUUAUUACGUCGAGGAGAAAAUGCAGGAAUAUUUUAAAACUCUAUCUCAAUUCGGACCAAACCUAGAGAUGUCACACAUAGGAAUCGGACAGGGAUUUCUCUCCGUGGUAGCUAGAAUAAUCCCAGACUGGACACCGUCAGACCCAAAUCUUCCAAAAAGUUUUAUUGCCAAAGUCUCCAGUCUCGAAAGCAGUAAGCAACUAAUGGAGGACGAUGAGAUGGCUAAAGCUAUUAAAAGAACUUCAAUAAAUGUUCAGGAAAUCCUGCAACAAAUGGAAAAAAAUCGUGCUCAGGCGCAUAAUACUGAAGUGGCAUUCUAUAGGUUGGCUAAGAAGUAUGAACUCAAUCUAAAAAUGCCAGAAAUAUAUUUUGCUCAAGAACUGUCGCCUAUAUCUGACUGUGGACUACUGUUUAUGGAAGAUGCUGGCGAAACAUCUUAUGUUAUUCCUCCUUAUGAAAAAACUUCAGUCAGCGAAGUCAAGCAGGUCCUACAGGAAAUAGCCAAGUUUCACUCAUAUUCUCUGAAACAUCCUGAAGUAAUAAAAAUGAAAGGAUUCACUCUUAGCAAAAUGUAUAACCGAAUGAACUUAAAUAGGAUGCUUGACGUUUUCGUAAAAUCAGUGCCAGAUCGUAGCGAUCCCAAUGUUGAUUCACUUUGCGAAAAUAUCUCACAACAUAGUCAACAGAUAAUAAAUGACGACUUCCUAAACACGCUUAACGAAACCAAUGGUAUGCCUCCAGUAUUGGUACACGGCGAUCUAUGGUCAUUCAAUAUAUUAUGGUAUAGUGAGAAAAAUGAAAAAAAGAUUAGAUUUAUUAUCGACUGGCAGUCAGCUUCAAACGAAAAGCGGAAACCAAAUCCUGUAUUUCCUUUUUUGCUGCAGUUAGUUCAUUGUGGCUGCAUUGUGGAAGACAUUGUGCGCUAUAUUGCCUGCGCAAUGAGUGUAACGGAGCGUCGCCAAUUUUUUGACCAACUGUUACAGUAUUAUUACGAAGAGCUGGAAAAAUCAUUCGGAGAUCGCCUGUCAUUUACGUGCGAGCAGCUAAAGCAAUCAGCAAUCCGCAUGAUUCCGCUUGCGACAUCACUGGUGCUAAACUUGUUUGGAGCGCUAAGUACAGUACAGAUCCAGAAGAAAUGUCCAGAUCGUGAAAAAGAACUUACAGAUUACGUCAGAAAAAAUGCACUUGGCCUUCUCGAAGACAUGUGGCAUUAUUUUCAAAUAAACCAGAAACUAUAG